CGUUCAGCAGACCACCGGUGAUGGAGGGCACAAGCUAAUAUACAACCCUCUUUAAAGGCUCAUGUCGCUCGUUUAAACGUGUAGGAUGCUGGUAGAGUUUAAACAGACCCACAAACACUCUGCAGUCUGCUACGAGUCAUUUCUUGCCAGACUCGUGAAAUGAUAGAACAAGUCUCCACUCGUUUAUUUAAUGAGCUGGAGGAGGACGGACACUGAAGGGUGGACGCAGCCGGUUUCUCCCCAUGGCCACCGCGCGUUUCCCCGGGAAGAGUGCAGACGUGGCCGCCGCCAACUGGACCGCUCCGGCUCCGGGCAGGCCGCUGUGUGUCAACGGGACCCCGUGGAUCCUCUACCUGCUGGAGGAGUGUGUGGACAACAUCUGGGAGUACUGCAGCGUGGUCAUAGGACUCAUAUCCAUGUUCUGUUUUCUGCUGUCCACUUUGCCGCAGGUCUAUGAAGCCUACAGGAAUGGUAAAGUGGAAGAGGCCAUGUCUUUGGGGUUUCUCCUCUUCCUUUUCAGUGGAGACCUGACCAGCUUUGCAGGCUGCUACCUCACUAGCCAGCUGCCGAUUCAGGUAGUCACAGUGGUGUUCUACAUCUUCACAGACCUGAUCCUCAUCUCCCAGUUUCUCUACUAUAAGAUCAAAAACAGCUGCAGCAGAAAGAAUCCUAUGUUGAAGUGGAUGUGCUUCAUGUGGUGUGGUGCUGCUUCAUUAGUUCUUCUGGCUUUGCCCAAACUCAUCAUAGACGAUAGUCGAAGCUUAGACACCCAGAGUCCAGCUACCUCCAAAUCAGUGGAAAUCACUGGCUAUAUAUGUGGAUACUUGGCAUCUGUCUUCUACCUCUGCUCUCGUUUCCCUCAGCUCUAUAAAAAUUUCCAGCGACAGUCUACAGAGGGCACCUCCUACCUGCUGUUUGCCCUGGCCAUGAUGGGUAAUGGAACGUAUGGGUUAAGUGUCAUCGUGGUCCUCCCUGCACUGAGGGGCUCCAAACAGACCUUUAUUAUCAAACAUCUGGCCUGGCUCAUUGGCAGCCUGGGAGUCCUCAUACUUGACUUCCUUGUCACUGCCCAGUUCAUCAUCUACAAGAAGAACGUCCCUGCAAAAAAAAGCAGCGCCCUGCUCAGUGUCCCGGAGGUGGAACCUCUUCUGUGUGAGGAAGAGGAGUUGUCAGUAUUAUAGGACAGGGAUCAAACAACAGCAUGGAAAGCUUCAUCAACAAUGGACUGGUUGUUUUUGAUGAGCCUGUGAGUUCUCAGUAGCCAAUGAACAACUUCAGAGACAUUGCUGAAGGUAGUAGUAGGCAUGUUGUAGUACCAGCAGGUAAUUCUGGUGCAUCUUUACAGUCCGAUUUUGUUGCUUUCAAGACUACAAACACAGUGACAAAUUCUUCAGAGUGGUAAAAAGGCAGGAGAAGCUACAGAAAUUAUAUGGUCAAUAUAUUCCUUAACACUUGAGAUCAAAUUAAGUUCCAGUUUAGAUGCAUUUCCACGGACGCAAGGCAAUCUUUUCAGCAUGACUUGAGUCUUUUUCUGGUUCUGAGUACUGUAUUUUUGAUUAAUUAUUCCCCUGGGAUUUCUUGAUUUUGUAUUCCAUGGAAUGACUGUAUUUAUAUAUGCCAUCGGGGAGCCGAGAGGAGGAUGCUGAACACCAGAUGCUAGAAACUAGGAUGAAUGGCAGAAUGGGAAGUUACCAGAUUUUGUAUUUUGCUGGAGCAUGAUGCAAAUCUGGUAGGACUACAAAUGGCAGAAAAAACAGUAAUGUUUUAAUUUAACAGAGGGUUGGUCAAGUCAUUUCUCAGUGAUAAUUGUGACUAUCGGGGGAUUGCUCUCCUGGAGAAAAACUGUGUGCCUUUUUCUGCUAAAAACAGUCUUAAUAUAAAUGCACUGUAUGUAAAUUAUUUUUAAAUGAAACUAAAUUAGAUUUCUAAACUAGGAAUUUAUUUAAAGCAUUGUAUUUCUUAGGAAAUGCAGUGGAAUAUUUUCUCUUUUGUACCUCCCCAAUGCCUGAAUCAGAGCUGCCCUCGUACAUGAUAAGUAGUGCAAGUUUUCUUGUGUAGACAUUCUGUUUUGUAACACUUUCUUGACUUGCAUUAAAGAAGACAUGACUACUUGACAGUGUCUCUUAAGGAAAGCUAAGAAAAGAGACAUUAAUAGGAUAUUAUUUGACAGAGUUGUUGAAGUAAUGAGGCGUAAAAUUAGCUCAUGAAUUUCUUAUCUGCCACAAGGUGUACAGCAGAGAGGAUGCUGUUGUCAAGCCAAAUUUACAAUUUACAAUUUUUGCCUUGCAGAGGUAAUGCUAAAUGAUCAGAGCAAAAACAAAACAGGCCAAAAGUCAUCUCAUUAAUGAGCAGUUUAACUUUGCAGUCAGUUUUUUUUUUUUAAAUGGAUAUUUAUUUAGAUCGCUAGUGUUUAUUUUGUGUCAGGUGUUAUUGUCAUACAGUAUGUAUGUGGUGCUGUCACUGUUUAACCUGAUCAUCUACGUGACUUAAGUUCGGCACUUGCAGAGAUCUGCAGAGUUCUCUACCUCAUUCAGAUGUGGACAUGAUUUAUGUUUUGUGUGCAAGUGUGCAGUGAGAAUUGUUUUGUAUCUGUGCACAAUGCUUGUGUGGAAACAGGGAAAAGUGAGCACACAUUGCAUUCAAAAAUAUAAAACUUUAACCUAAAUCAUAGCAUUUAAUUGUAAUUGUAUUUAUUUAUCUAUCACAACUGCAUGAAAAGCAUCUCUGCAGGUUAUAAAAUAAUGUGGAUUUAUGCAGAUACAGGGGGAUUUCUUAGGACUGUUUCGUGAAAGUCUUUUUUUUUUCAAAUAUGACUCACUAGUAAAUGAAGUUUUUGCUAAUUAUUUUUGUAUUGCACAAUUCCUACUUGCUUCUUUAUUCCCUCUAAAUGAGCCUGCUAUACUUUUUCAAUCUAGCACAAAAAGUACAUAUUUGUUGUAUAUAUUACUGCUGUAUACUGUAGAACUUGUAUUUAGAACACCCUAGUCUAUGUAGUUACAAUUGCCAAGAUGGUGUUAUUGUAUUUAAGCAUAAUGUUCAGAGGAAUUUAAAUGUAGACGACCAGUUAUAUUGUAAUUAUGAGCUCUGUUCCAGGGUAUGUUUAUCGACAAUGCUUAUAACUGUCACAUAUAUUGCAAAAAAAAAACUUUAAUAAACUGCAUUUUACCUUCA